CCCAUCCAAACACAAAAGCACCCAAAUCCGGUCCAGAAAAGCGUAAACACAAUCACCCACCUCACCACACCGCACCAGAGUCAAUCAAUCAACCUCUCUCUCUCUCAUCUCUCUCUCUCUCUCUCUACAUCUUCCGGCAAUGUCUCCUCGGCCAUCAGAGAACGGAACCGAAGGCGACGACGAGCGAGAAGAAGGCGAAGAAGAAGACACCGAAGACGAAACCAACAACAACGAAGAAGAAGAUGAAGAGGAAGAUGAACCGAGGCUUAAGUACCAGCGAAUGGGAGGCACCGUGCCUACGCUGUUAUCCAGUGACGCUGCUUCCUGUGUUGCCGUUGCUGAACGCAUGAUCGCUCUCGGUACUCAUGCCGGUUCCGUUCAUAUUCUCGAUUUUUUAGGCAAUCAGAUUAAGGAAUUCAGGGCUCAUACUGCUGCAGUCAAUGAUCUUUGCUUUGACUUGGAUGGUGAAUUCAUUGGAAGCUGUUCAGACGACGGGUCUGUAGUUAUUAUCAGUCUUUUCACAGAUGAGAAACUUAAAUUUGAGUAUCAUCGCCCUAUGAAGGCUAUUGCACUAGAUCCAGAUUAUUCAAGGAAAGCAUCUAGAAGAUUUGUUGCUGGUGGUCUGGCUGGAAAUUUAUAUUUUAAUGUUAAAAAAUGGUUAGGCUACCGUGAUCAGGUUUUGCAUUCCGGAGAAGGUCCAAUACAUGCAGUGAAAUGGAGAACAAGUCUAAUCGCAUGGGCUAACGAUGCUGGAGUGAAAGUUUACGAUGCCGCUAACGAUCAACGUGUUACAUUUAUCGAAAGGCCUAGGGGAAGCCCGCGGCCCGAGCUUCUUCUUCCCCACUUAGUUUGGCAAGAUGAUGCCCUUCUUGUUAUUGGUUGGGGAACAGCUAUAAAAAUUGCGUCGAUAAAAACUAAUCAAGCGAGGGGGGUAAACGGGUCAUAUCGGCAAAUUACAACCUCCAAUAUGAACCAAGUUGAUAUUGUGGCGUCUUUUCAAACCAGUUAUUUCAUAUCGGGAGUUGCUCCCUUUGGUGACUCGUUAGUUGUUUUAGCUUAUAUACCUGGUGAAGAAGAUGGAGAGAAGGAAUUUAGUAGCAGUGUUCCAUCACGGCAGGGAAAUGCACAAAGACCAGAAGUGCAUGUAGUGACAUGGAACAAUGACGAGUUGGCGACAGAUGCAUUACCUGUGCUUGGAUUUGAGCAUUACAAGGCGAAAGAUUACUCUCUUGCUCAUGUACCUUUUACAGGUAGCAGCUAUGCAGGGGGUCAAUGGGCAGCUGGUGACGAACCGUUAUACUACGUUGUGUCCCCAAAAGAUGUGGUUAUUGCAAAACCUAGGGAUGCAGAAGAUCAUAUUAAUUGGCUUCUUCAACACGGAUGGCACGAGAAAGCUUUAGCAGCCGUUGAAGCUGGACAAGGCCGUAGUGAGCUCCUUGAUGAGGUGGGGUCAAGAUAUCUGGAUCAUUUGAUUGUAGAAAGGAAGUAUGCUGAAGCAGCUUCUUUAUGUCCCAAAGUUCUGCGAGGUUCUGCAGCAGCAUGGGAGAGAUGGGUUUUCCACUUUGCUCAUCUCCGUCAGCUUCCUGUGCUGGUUCCGUACAUCCCAACUGAAAACCCAGUACUACGUGAUACCGCUUAUGAGGUUGCUCUUGUGGCUCUGGCGACAAUUCCGUCUUCCCACAAGGAUCUUUUAACUGCCGUUAAAUCUUGGCCACCUGCAAUAUACUCUGCGUUACCCGUCAUUGCAGCCAUAGAGCCCCAGCUUAACACGUCAUCCAUGAGUGAUGAACUCAAAGAGGCACUGGCAGUGUUAUAUGAAAUUGAUGGGCAAUAUGAUAAAGCUUUUGCACUUUAUGCUGAUCUUAUGAAACCAGAUAUCUUUGAGUUUAUUGAGAAGAAUAACUUGCAUGAUGCCGUUCGUGAAAAGGUUGUCCAGCUAAUGCAGAUCGAUCAUAAGCGUGCAGUUUCACUGUUAAUCCAGUACCGGGACGUAAUUACCCCUGCUGAAGUUGUUUCUCAACUUCUGGCUUCAAAAAAGCAAUGCGAUUCCCGAUAUUUUCUCUACGAGUAUUUGCAUUCACUGUUUGAAGUAAAUCCGCAUGCUGGCAGAGAUUUUCAUGACAUGCAGGUCGAGCUUUACGCAGAAUACGAUAAAAAAAUGCUACUUCCGUUUCUGCGUAGCAGUCAACAUUAUAUGCUUGAAAAGGCCUAUGAAGUUUGCGUUAAUAAAAAUUUACUAAGUGAGCAAGUUUUCAUUCUUGGAAGAAUGGGAAACACAAAGCAAGCCCUUGCUGUUAUUAUCGACAAACAAGGGGAUAUCAAAGAGGCUGUAGAGUUUGUUAGCAUGCAGCAUGAUGACGACCUGUGGGAAGAACUUAUUAGACAAUGUAUUAAUAAACCUGAAAUGGUUGGUGUUUUGUUAGAGCAUACUGUUGGCAAUCUUGACCCCCUUUAUAUCGUCAACAUUGUACCAAAUGGUUUGGAAAUCCCUCGGCUGAGGGACCGUUUAGUUAAGAUUAUCACAGAUUACAGAACGGAAACUUCUCUGAGACACGGUUGUAAUGAUAUACUUAAGGCGGAUAUCGUCAACCUUUUAGUAAAAUAUUACAAAGAAGCAAGACGAGCAAUAUACCUCAGCAAUGAAGAACAAGAAUCACGUUCCAACAUGAACAACGAAGGGAGUAAUCCAAUGGAGCGAGCCCCGGUCCUAAAAUCCAUGGACGCCAAAUCGAAAACCCGAGCAGGUGGAAGAUGUUGCAUCUGUUUCGACUCCUUAUCCAUACAGGGUGCAUCGAUGAUCGUCUUCUUUUGUUGUCAUGCGUAUCACUUGCAUUGUUUAACGGAUUCCACGAAUAAUAUUACUACCCAAAAAGGGACAGGAGUCACGUCUAGUAACUCUUACGCUAAUGGUGAUUAUAUAGAGGAUGAAGACGAUGAAAAUGACCAAGAUACCCCUUCGGGUGGCUCUCGGAUGCGAUGUGUCCUGUGCACCACUGCUGCUGGUGGUUGAUUUGUGCAUGUGUGUGUUUAUUUUUUUAUUUAUGAUUCGGGUUUUACUUGUAUAUUAUGUAUUGGUGUUAUUUAAUGGUGGUCGAGUGUAAUUGGUGAGAAAAUGAGGCUUUUUGUUGUUUAAUUUGAGAGAUGGACUCGCGAGAAGCUGCGGAUGUGUUUAUGGACGCAAUGCUAAGUUAUUAUUCUUGAGUCAUCUACAGGUAAAGCAAAUCAAACAAGAAAAAAAAAAUCAUGUUUCUUUGCAACUAAA